GUAUCGAUUUUGGUGCUGCCCCAGUCUUCCUGUUCGUUGCGCUCCUCUUUGUCUUAAAAUCGAUGACCCACGACCCUUCGAAGCACCAAAUGACACCGCUUACGAAAUAAAUCCGCUCCAUUUAAAGUGCACAACAAAACCAGAUGAUUUUAACGAAAAAUGUGUGAGGAAUCCGCAUGUUUGGUACCACCGCUGGAAGCCGCGCAAAAUGGACAGACGGAGCCGAGAAUGUUGACGAGCGGAAGCGGAAGUGGAGGAAGCGUUGCUGGGGAGGCUCUAGUCGGGUUCCAUGAGGAUGCUUUGGCACAGGCUCACGUCGGAAAGGCACAGCUGUUGUUGACGAUCAUCCUAGGUUUAGCCGUUGCAGCUGAAUGCUCGGAAUUCGCUAUAUUAGGAUACAUACUACCGGCGUCGGAGUUACAACUAUGCAUAGAUGAUCACCGCAAAGGAUGGUUGGUCUCUAUAACACUCCUAGCACUUGCAAUUGGCUCUGUCGGUUGGGGUAUCUUGGGCGAUCGAAUGGGUAGACGAAGAGCUUUGGUGAGCGCCCUUUCCGUUGCGGCUCUCUUUUCCGCUGUGGCAACGGUCAUGCCAACUUACGGUACCUUCAUGACGGCAAGAUUCUGUUCAGGAAUCGGCGUUGCUGGAGCCAUGCCAUUGACUUUCAGUUACUUAGCUGAGACAUGUCCAAGAUCAACGCGCACAAGAUACACCGGAUUAUUACACUCCUUUUGGCCGAUGGGCGCUCUGCUUACAUCCUCCAUCGCCCAUCUGACCUUACCUAGCGACGGAGCUGAAGUAGUCCUAGAUAAUAGAGAACAUUGGAGUUCCUGGCACAGAUUCCUAAUCCUCAACAUUUUACCGGCCAUAGCCUGCAUCAUCGGACUAAUCUGGACUUCCGAAUCACCAAGGUACUUACUAGAAGCAUCCAGAGAGGUGGAAGCUUUAGAAGUAUAUCAAAGAUUGCACAGAUUAAACAAAUCGAGAACGCAAUACGGAUUAACCGAAUUGGAGUUACCAGGACGAGCAGCUUACCGAGAUCGACCGGCUAGUCCUUCAAGAAACGUUCUCAGACAUGGAUUCGAUACGGUAUGCGAAGCGUUUCAAAGAAUAUGCUCUCCGGUCCAUCUGAAGACCACAAGUCUUUUGGCCACUCUCCAUCUUCUCCUUGGUUUCAUUUACAUGGGAGUCUCCUCGUAUUCUGCAGCUAUGAUUAAGGAUAUCAACAACGUCGAGUACAAUUCGAUGAGAAGAACUGUUAUCAACGUCAAUUACACCGGAACCAAUUUCAAUCAUACCAUAGAGAACGUCCAGUACAUUGGAACGUUUUUCAAGAACGUCAGCUUCAAGCAUCUAGAAUUCCAACACGUCGAGUUCCUCGAUUGCAUCUUCGAAGAAGCGGAAUUUACAAACGUGAAAUCUUCAAUUACCUACUUUGUAAACACGACAAUCAAGAACUCUAGAUUUGUCGACACCGACCUUUCGGAUCGUCAUUUCAUUAAUUGCAACAUGAUUAAUAACACAAUUUUAUCGCUCAAAGAUGACUGCGCCGUGGAUUUCGAUUACAAUAUUUAUUUCGAGGAUUUGUGCAAGGAGACUGUGGCAUGGGCAGGACCAAUGGUUCCAGCUCUUCUCAUAAUCGGUACCAUCCUGGAAAUUGGACAAAGACCUACAAUAAUAGCGAUUCUCUUAACGCUCACGAGCCUCACGACCAUCGGGAUUUUCUUCUUGUACAACCUCACCUCUGUUCUUAUAGUCGAGGUAAUAAUAAAGGUUCUCCUAAUUUGCGCAAUAAACGCCACCAAUAUCGUCGUAAUUGAAGCCUACCCUUGCCAUCUAAGAUGCACCGCACACGGAAUAAUGCGAAGUCUUUUCCAUUUAGCUUCGCUUGCUUCGAUCCCGAUCUACAACCUCUUCGUACACUCGAUUCUCUUAAUCCCGGCUGCCGUAACCAUGGCAAUCUCAUUUUCCACAGCUGUAUUGUCCACGCGUAUCCAGGACAACAGCAAGGUCCUGCUUUAAGGAUUUCGAAGAGUACGAUGAUUCCGAUUGUUUUAUUUUUAGAUGAACUGUGAUAUUGUUUGUGAAGACGCUUUAUUAACUGAAACCUUUAUUUCGUUCAGACUUACGUCGUAAUUAAUUCUUAGAUGCAUGCAUAUCAUUUCAAUGCCUCGAAAAUGUCAAAUUAUUAAUCAAAACACACAAAAACACUCAGACAGAUUUUAUGAGCAAUACGCAAAUUUUUGAAUGUCCAUUU